CAGCCCUCUCCGCUGGCUUUACGCUGGCCCUCCUGCUCCCCGCGCGCCGCCAGCCAUGGUGACUCUGGGGCUGUCCAGGGUGGACGACGCCGUGGCCGCCAAGCACCCGGGACUCGGGGAGUAUGCUGUGUGCCAGUCAAAGGCCUUCGUAAAGGGCGUUCUCACCUUUGUCACAGGCACCGGUGCAGCCUUCGGCCUGCAGAUGCUUAUACACAGGAAGUUUGCGUGCCCCUUGCGGUGGACCGUGCUGGUGGCCGUGGUCACAGGCUCAGUGGCCAGCUACGGGGUGACACGAGUGGAGACCCAGAAAUGCAGCAACCUCUGGCUCUUCCUGGAGACAGGGCAGCUCCCCAAAGAUGCAGGCACAGAUCAGCACAGCUAGGAGAGACCCAGUGGGGGUUCAGAAGGUCCAGAGAGAGAAUCCAGGAACACAGCCCUCAGCACCUCCUGCUGCCCCAGCCUGGCCCUCCCUACCUCGCACAGACCCUCACCAUGCCCUAUGGGCCCCACGAAUGUCCCCUGCACACACACGUGGCCAGGUCCCACACACCUGUGAAGACUCCUGUGGCUCAAGCCGGGUUCCUGCCCAGGAGAUCAGACCAGAAAGGGCUGUCCCCUGGGGUGGUGUUGGCCUCCAGAAACAUGGUCGACAUCUUGAGCCAAGACUACCGUGGCCUGUGGUGCUUCUGGGGGCAGCAGCUCUGGGGAGCGGUGAGGGGGCCUUCUGCAGUCUCCUGUGCCUCUGGUACCCCCAUCUGGCUCCUGCAUCCCCAGGAAGUCAGAAGUGACAGCUGGUGUUGGGGGUUUCAGGGCCAGUAAACAGCUUCUCUAUUUUCCAGCCUGAGCUCUAAACCAGCAGAGAAACAAAAGAGUAAGAUUACGACGCCGUUGCUAUUGCAGGGUAUCUGUCUUAGUCAUCUAGUGCUGUUCUAACAGAAAUACCACAAGUGGAUAGCUUUAACAAAGAGAAUUUAUUCUCUCACAAUCUAGGAGGCUAGAAGUCUGAAUUCAGGGUGCCAGCUCCAGGGGAAGACUAUCUCUGUCUGUCAGCUCUGGGGGAAGGUCCUUGUCAUCAAUCUUCCCUGGUCAGGGAGCUUUUCAGCACAGGAGCUCCAGUCGAAAGGUUGUGCUGUUCUCCUAACCCUUGUUUCUCGGUGGUAUGAAGUUCCCAUGUCUCUCUGCUUGCUUUUUUC